UGACAAUUUGUUACUUCAUAGUGACAACAGGUGAAGAUUAUCAAAAUGGUUAAAUAUGUACCUUAUAUUAUGCGAAGAAUUGUUACCUACUCCAUUUCUCCACAUCAUUUGAAGAUAUUUCCCAACAUACCACAUGCUACUUGGAGGACUUACAGAAGAUGCAAGGAAGAGUUCCUGUAUGUAGUACCACCACUAGCGAUUGGUGCUGCCGUCUAUAAAUUGGCGACUGCCCGUCACAAACAUUUGCUAAGGAAAAAACCAGAUGAAUUUGAUGAUGAAGAGUAAAGAGAUGAGAAAUAUCAUGAACCUAAUAACUGAAACAAUAAAGGUCGGAUGGGACACUGAGCUCUCCUGCGCCGGACGUCAUAAAUGCAAGCUAUCCAGUAAGCUGCAACGAAUUGGGAAUGGAAGCGCUAUUAUUUUACGAAAAGUCCAGGAAAUAGGGAGAACAUUAUUGGCAU